AUGAGACUUCUGCCUGCCACCUUGUUGGUGGGAGCUGCAUCGGCAGCAGCUCCGCCCGUGCAGCAGGUCAUGGGUGGUCACUACGAGGCGCUUGAGGCUUUGGCCCAGGAGCACGCAGACACCAUCUCCAAGCCCCUUCAGAAGCUCCAGGAGGAGUUCAAGACCCUUUCUGACGAAGCUCGGGGAAUGUGGGAAGAUGUCACAAAUCUUUUCCCAAACUCGGACCACUUCCCCAUGCUGUCGCUACCCAAGAAGCACACUCGCCGUCCUGACUCCCAUUGGGACUCUGUUGUUCGUGGAGCUGAUGUUCAGAGCGUCUGGGUUGAGGGCACUGAUGGCACUAAGCACCGUGAGAUUGAUGGAAAGCUUGAGGCUUACGAUCUCCGUGUCAAGAAGGUGGAUCCUAGCGCUCUAGGCGUUGACCCCGGUGUUAAGCAAUACAGUGGUUACCUCGAUGACAACGAGGAAGACAAGCAUCUGUUCUACUGGUUCUUUGAAUCUCGUAACGACCCCGAGAAUGACCCCGUUGUUCUUUGGUUAAACGGCGGCCCCGGCUGCUCAUCCAUGACUGGUCUUUUCAUGGAGCUUGGACCCAGCUCUAUCAACAAGAAGAUUGAGACCGUCUACAAUGAUUUUGCUUGGAACUCCAAUGCUUCCGUAAUCUUCUUGGAUCAGCCUGUCAACGUUGGUUACUCCUACAGUGGUUCCACUGUCAGCGACACCGUUGCUGCUGGAAAGGAUGUCUACGCCUUGCUGUCUUUGUUCUUCCGUGAAUUCCCCGAGUAUGCUAAGCAGGAUUUCCACAUUGCUGGCGAGUCCUAUGCCGGUCACUAUAUCCCUGCCUUUGCGUCGGAGAUUCUCUCCCACAAGAACCGCAACAUCAACCUCAAGUCUGUUCUGAUUGGUAACGGUUUGACUGACGGCCUGACUCAAUACGAAUACUACCGCCCCAUGGCUUGUGGUGACGGUGGUUACCCAGCCGUUCUGGACGAGAGCGCCUGCCGCUCUAUGGACAACGCUUUGCCUCGCUGUCUGUCCAUGAUUGAGUCUUGCUACAACAGCGAGAGUGCCUGGAUCUGUGUCCCAGCCUCUAUCUACUGCAACAACGCUCUUCUAGCCCCUUACCAGCAAACCGGUCAGAACGUCUAUGAUGUCCGUGGCAAGUGCGAGGAUAGCGCCAACCUUUGCUACUCAGGUAUGGGCUACGUGUCUGAGUACCUCAACCAGGAGAGCGUACGUGAAGCCCUGGGUGCCGAGGUCGAUGGCUUCGAGAGCUGCAACUUUGACAUCAACCGCAACUUCCUGUUCCACGGCGACUGGAUGAAGCCCUUCCACCGCCUCGUCCCUGGUCUUCUUGAGCAGAUCCCAGUCCUCAUCUACGCUGGUGAUGCUGAUUUCAUUUGCAACUGGCUCGGCAACAAGGCCUGGACUGAGGCUCUUGAGUGGCCCGGUCAGGAGGAGUAUGCCCCUCUUGAGAUGAGCGACCUUCUCAUCGAAGAGCAGGAGCACAAGGGCAAGAAGAUCGGUGAAUACAAGUCUCACGGCAACUUCACCUUCGUUCGCAUCUUUGGCGGUGGCCACAUGGUCCCCAUGGACCAACCUGAAUCCAGCUUGGAGUUCUUCAACCGCUGGUUGGCUGACAAGCAGUUCUAA